AUGAUUUUCAUUGUUCCAGCCCUGAUAGCACCACACUAUCCUGACUCAAUCAGAAAACCUCUUCUGGGUAUCGUUAAAGUGGCAGCUUUGGUAUUGCAGAAGAAUGAAUUGCAUGCUUUAGACUUACAAUUCAUAGAAGCUAAGGUUAACGAUUGGCACAAACUGCUGAUCACUGAAAUCAAAGCCAAACGUCUUCCUAUCAAGACCUUUCGACCAAACGCCCAUUAUUUAGGACACUUGACUUACAUGAUCAAAGCGCAAGGUUUACCGGCUUCGACUUCCAGUCGAUCUAUCGAAAGAUCCAUCGGUAGGUACAAACGCUUGAUAAGUGCUCGCACAGAUGUUGGUAUACAUGCCGGAAACAUCAUUGAUCGUUUGGCAAUUAUGCGAGCCAUCAAGGCAUCUACAACUGGUGAUGGUACAGGCGAUGGUAAAGACAAACUGAAUGAUCUGGAUGCUCGAAUCAUUCUCUUAGUGCCUCGACGAUACGAUCCAAUUACCUUCGUAAAUCUGAAGAAUGACAAUGGCAACGGAAGUCAGCUCUGUUAUCCAGUCAUCCACACAACGGUUUCAAAUAUCCCAACCUCCAUCAACGUCAACACACCUCUUUUUGUCAAGGCUAUGCAGUCCUACUACGACCGGCAAUACUCAACUGAUGUUCUGCAGAAUGUCCAUAUCAAUGAUCAACUGGAUAUUGUCGUCUCUGGAAGUGCCUGGGCUUACAACUGCACUUAUCGUUCAGAAUACUACCGCGAUCUCACCGGUGCUAAUUCUAGAGGAAGCCUCUACAUCAUGGUAUGGGCAGAACACUUGAGGUAUGUCAAUUCACAGGUUCAUUAUUGCCUUUAUCGUUACUCAUCAAAACCCAUAUUGACGUCUGAAUUUCCUAAGCUCGAAAUUGAGGGGAUUGGCGAUGAGUUGUUCUUGCUUAUUCGAUUGGGAAAGACUCAUGUUGUUGACGACAAUGACAAGACGAUGCCCAUAGUGGAGAUGGAUGAUGACCAGGAUUCAUCCGCAUAUCUGGUGUGCACAUUUGAGCAGGUCAUUUGCCAAGUUGGUCUGAUGCGUUUUAGCGAGAAUGACAAGAUAUAUAAAGUGAUAACGAAGGAAAAGAUUUUCCGGGCCACGAUAGAGACUUAUAAGCCUGGAAAAAACUCAUUUGUGCUACCUCAAUAA